AUGGCCCCCUCCAUCCGCCUGUCGCCCGCUGCCCGCAGCCUCUUCGAUGAGCCGCUGGCCAUCGCCGUGCAGGUCAACCCUUGUCACAGCUGUACCAGAGAAGACACCUUUCCAGGGAUCAUUGAUAUACAUGGACUUGGAGGAGGUCUUUUUGAGCCCAGAGCAAGCCUGCUGGCCAAUCAUGGCUUUGCCACACUCGCCCUGGCUUAUUAUCAAUUUGAGGAUCUGCCCCAGGAACCAAAAGAACUCCACCUGGAAUAUUUUGAAGAGGCAGUGAACUAUAUGCUGCAGCACCCACAGGUGAAGGGUCCAGGGGUUGGCCUGCUCGGUUUCUCCAAAGGAGGUGAAGUGUCCCUUGCCAUGGCUGCCUUCCUGAACAACAUCAUGGCUGUUGCUUCCCUCAAUGCCCCUGUUGCUGCUACUUGUAUUCCUUUCUCUUACAAGGAUAAAAUCAUCCCCACUGUGACCUUAUAUGAACACAAAGCCAAGGCCACCAAUUCCAAACUUCUUGAUUAUUCUGAUGUCAUCGAUGAUCCCUUUCAAGCCCCUGGCAACCAAAGCCGGAUCCCACUAGAGAAAGCUGAGGCACAGUUUUUAUUUAUGGUGGGCCAAGAUGACCGUGUUGUCAAAAGUGAGUAUUAUGCCUCUGAAAUCUGCAAGCUUCUGCAGGCUCAAGGGAAGGGAAAUUUCCAGAUUCUCUCCUACCCUGGAACAGGGCACUGCAUAGACCCUCCCUUUUUCCCUUUGUACCACACAGGAAGCCACCCUGUUUUCCACAAGCGAGCAGUCCUGGGUGGGGAGCUCAGGGCUCAUUCUAAAGCUCAGGUUCAUGCUUGGUCACAGAUCCAGGCUUUUUUCAAAAAGCAUUUAAUUGUUAACUAAUGUGCAACAAAUAAUGUGCAAGUAACACGCAAUUUUGAGCAACGAGAUCUGAUAAAUUCUGCUACAUUUAUCAGGUCAAACCUUGUCACAGCUGUACAACUACAGUGUCUUCCAUACCUCUGCACAUCCAUAACACAGAAAAUAAAGGGAUUUGCCUUUUCUGUUCCCCUCCCAACCUUUUUGCUCAAGUAUCAAGAAAAGGAAUGGUGUUUUUUGCAUUAAUCUUUGAUGAAACAGGUCAUGUGCAAAAUGCACAGUUAUGUUUCUUCUCGGGUCGUUUCUAUU